CUGUCUCUCCGGCGGGGCCAGGAGGAGGAGGAGGAGGAGGAGGAGGGGGCGCCGCUGCCGCCGCCCCUUCUCUCUCCCUCUGCCCCGCGCCCCGCCGCCCCCGUCACCUUUAUGGACGAGCACCUGAGCCUGCUGUACUCGCCCGCCGCCUCCUCCACCAGCAGGCACCCGCGGGGAGGCAGCAGCAGCAGCCACCACAACCCGGGCUACACCGAGCAGGCGCCCCCCGACGCCCCCGAGGAAGGGCAGGAGGAAGACAUGACCGUGGUGGUGGGCGGGGGCGACCCCCUGCUGGAGGAGCCCCAGCACCCCCAUCCUCUGCUGGGCGGCGAGCGCUACGACCACCCCCCGGCCCACGCGCCCGUGCCCCCCGGGCACCACCCCCAGGGCGGCGGCGGGGAGCACGAGUGCUGCGAGCGAGUGGUCAUCAACAUCUCGGGCCUGCGCUUCGAGACCCAGCUCAAGACCCUGGCGCAGUUCCCCGAGACCCUGCUGGGAGACCCCCGCAAGAGGAUGCGCUACUUCGACCCCCUGCGCAACGAGUACUUCUUCGACCGCAACCGGCCCAGCUUCGACGCCAUCCUCUACUACUACCAGUCCGGGGGCCGGAUUCGGCGCCCCGUCAACGUGCCCAUCGACAUCUUCUCGGAGGAGAUCCGCUUCUACCAGCUGGGCGAGGAGGCCAUGGAGAAGUUCCGGGAGGACGAGGGCUUCAUCCGCGAGGAGCAAAGGCCUUUGCCCGAGAAGGAGUUUCAGCGCCAGGUGUGGCUCCUCUUUGAGUACCCAGAAAGUUCUGGGCCAGCCCGAGGCAUCGCCAUCGUCUCGGUCCUUGUCAUUCUCAUCUCUAUCGUUAUCUUCUGUCUGGAGACUCUGCCCGAGUUCAGGGAUGACCGAGACUACGAGGGGACGGGUGGAACCUUUGGGACGGGGGGUGGCCCGUUCGCACCAGACGUCUUCACCAAUUCUUCUUCCUCGGCCCCCUCCAUGGUGUCAUCCUUCACCGACCCCUUCUUUGUGGUGGAGACUUUGUGCAUCAUCUGGUUCUCUUUUGAGCUGCUUGUCCGCUUCUUCGCCUGUCCCAGCAAGGCCACCUUCUCUAAGAACAUCAUGAACAUUAUCGACAUUGUGGCCAUCAUCCCCUAUUUUAUCACGCUGGGCACUGAGCUGGCAGAGAGGCAGGGUAAUGGCCAGCAAGCCAUGUCCCUAGCCAUCCUUAGGGUCAUUCGGCUGGUCAGGGUCUUCCGCAUCUUCAAGCUCUCUCGGCACUCCAAGGGGCUGCAGAUUCUGGGACAGACCCUCAAGGCCAGCAUGAGGGAGCUUGGCUUGCUCAUCUUCUUCCUCUUCAUUGGAGUCAUCCUCUUCUCCAGUGCUGUCUACUUUGCAGAGGCUGACGAUCCCAGCUCAGGAUUCAGCAGCAUCCCCGACGCCUUCUGGUGGGCAGUGGUGACCAUGACCACAGUGGGCUAUGGGGACAUGCACCCAAUCACCAUUGGGGGAAAGAUUGUGGGGUCGCUCUGUGCCAUUGCCGGGGUGCUAACCAUUGCUCUUCCUGUGCCUGUGAUAGUCUCCAAUUUCAACUACUUUUACCAUCGGGAGACUGAAGGCGAGGAGCAAGCCCAGUAUAUGCAUGUAGGGAGCUGUCAGCACCUCUCGUCUACUGAGGAGAUGAAGAAGGCUCGCAGCAAUUCCACCCUGAGCAAGUCAGAGUACAUGGUGAUAGAGGAGGGAGGAAUCAACCACAGUGCAUUCAAACAGGCUGCUUUUAAGACGGGCAACUGCACAACUACAAACAAUCCCAACUGUGUGAACAUCAAAAAGAUCUUUACAGAUGUUUAAAAAAAUCCGAGGAUGUGUAUAAAAACAAAAAUAAUAAUGCAAAGUGACUGUGUUAUCAGUAUUGUGUGGAACAUGCACCAUCGUCGGUCUGUGUGUGCACCCUUGUUUUAUACAUUUAUUUUUUCAGAUGAUUCCUUUUUAAGAUCAAAGAAAGGGAUUUAAGAAUCAGAAGAAAAGAGAAUGGGAAGGAAAAAAGGACCUAGAGAAGAACACGCUCCCGGUUGAAACAGGUGUUUGUUCUGCAACAUGUUGCAGGGCUGCUUCUGGGUUUUGGUUUUUGUUUUUGGAGGGGGGAGCAGCUUGCCGUUUCUGCUUUUUUUUCUUCUUAUUUUUGCAGCGAGGCAGUGUGUAGCCGAUUCUCCUUUCCCACCACAUACACGCACUUGUUGGAAUGAAAACUAUGAAUCGGAAGGGGAGAAAAUAAAAUCAUGUAGCAGAGCAUAUUUGGAAGGAAAUGACCAUUUAAUUUUGCAAACUGUCUCUGCUACCACACUGUUAAGUGAUGCUUAAUAUUGAAACGUAGUGUGUGUCAUUUACAGGCACAUUCUUGAUUUCUUUUUCUCCCCAGAUAAAUUUGUUCAGAGACCAAACGUAAGCAUUUUUGAUUUAACCAGAAAAAAACAUGCUAGUUUCCUAUUGCUAAUUCCUUUCCCUUGCAAUCCGAUGGGAUUGUUUCACGCAACCUGAAAUUGCUGGUUGCAUGAUGUUGUAGAGGAAAUGUUUCCUACCAAAUCGCAAAGAUUAACAAUUGAGUUACUGAACAGUAUCCUGAGAGUUUGUGCAUCCUAUGAUGUCUAUGCAAAUUAGUGAUUGUUAGUCUCCCAUUAAAUCAGUAACGGUCUCUUUGCAGUGACUGUGCAGCCUCAAACAAAACCCAUCAACCUAGAAACAAAGGGGAUAUUUUCGCCUAUUUGGCUAUUUGCAAUGCAUUUGAGAUAAGCGUCUGCAUCUAUCACAAGAAGAUUAAAGUGGCAAACACGCCUUCCAGCGGAAGUUACUAAUUCGGAUCUGAGUGAUACAGUUUCCAUAGCAACCCUGGUUUCCUGGGAAACCCCAAAAGGUUGUCAUGGCAUCCCUCCUCCCAUCCCCUUCCUAUCCUGUGCUGUUUCCACAGUAACCCUUCCAGAUGGUUCCAACUUCUGUGAUUUCACAGAAAACCCGCUGCUCUGAUAAACUGAACACACAUACAUACAUUGAGAGAGUUAAUCCCACAGAGAUUUGGGUGUAAAAGCUAGUCCUUCUCCUAGAUGCACAGUUUUUUUAGAUCUGAAAUAUUCUUGAAGUCCUGGUACAUGCUGAAUUGAGAAGCAAAACGAUGAUAUUUAAUGGUGCUGCACAUGUGCUGAACAUAACACCUGUUCAUAGGCAAGCACAACAAAUCUCCAAAUCGCCCUCGCAGUCGAUAUCUGAUCAAUGAAACUGAAAAUUGAUUCUCUUUGUGCAAAUGUAUACAUCUGCUCAGCAGUUCUAGCAAGGCGAUCUCGUCUCUGCACCUUACAGAACAAAUCAUAUUUAAACUUACGGUACAUGACCUAGAUUUUUCAAAAGCCUCCCUCCAAAUCCAAACAGCGAUUGUACUUUCAAGCGCAUAUGGCACCGAACAGCCAGACAGGACACUAAUGAAAAAGGAUGCCAGUCUAAUGAAACAGGGGGAGAAAUACAGAUAACCUAUAAAGAUCAGGGGGAAAAGUAACCAAAACUGAGGGGAAAAUAUGCCUGCCUCGUCUUAUUCACACAUCAGGGGCUGCGGAGCAUCAGACAGGAUCAGAUAACAGAAGACGUUUCAAAAUAAGAGCUACAGAACUGUACUGACCAGUACAAUAUUAUAAAAAAGAAUCACAUACAUCAAGAAUGCAGUGACUAAUUACAUACUGUACAUCAUGGACUGCACUGAUGGAUGGCCUGUCCUCUUGCAUAUGCAGUACUUUAACUUCCAGUGGCAUAAAACCAUUUUAUGUGUUGUGAUUUCUGUGAUUUCUAACAAGUGCAUUAUGUAGAAGGGAACAUCUUUUCAUCUGGAAGAUUAUCUUCAAUUCAUGUGCAAUAUAAUGAGACUGAACAAAGCCAGGAAACACAGGAGGGAGGUGGAAACCAUUUGGACAGUAUUUCAGUCUUUUAAAAAUAUCUCUUGAAAGAUUAAGCAUCCAGAAAGGAAACGUUAAACAGAGCUGCUAAUAACUGGUUCAAAUGUUUGGUUGUUACAAAGAAAAAAAAUUAACUGCUCUCACUUUCAUUUCAAAUGACUUCUACCGGCUGUCUUCAGCAGCAAGAAAUGAAUGAGUUGUGUUCUAUUUUUCUGACUUUUUUCUGUAAAAAUGUCCUUUAUAGAUAUGUUCUGUACCAAAGGCUUUUCAACAUAUCUUCACCCUAAUCGCACACAGAAAGAACACAUCUCCACUGAUGCUGAAGAGGAUAGCGUUACACAGUCAGCUAACAAGUUGUGCCUUGCUUUAAGAAGCAACUAUGUGCAUUCAGUUAAAAAGGGAACAGUUUUCAGCCAGAGAGCUGUGGCAGCGAGGCCUGACGAAUGAUGACUUUGGCAUCAACCAGAACUCUCCAUUUCACAAAAGUCCAUGCUCCUUCCUCUAUGGUAUGUGUUACUUCAUCAAGAGCAAAUAUUAUAGUAUUUGUCUUUAAUACUAUAAUAAAAAGGAGUACAUAAUUCAUUUGACAGUCGCUGUUUUAUUUUACACGUGUAUGUUGUUUUACCAUAACUACCCAAUCCACCCGGUUGAAAAAACGAAUCAGCUAUUUCUCACUUUGGCGGCAACACAGAACCUCGUUCAUUUGCUGUUAUGCCUGAGGGACAUAUUGCCAGGGAAGCAUAUUUUCAAUCACUGAACGUUGUCUGUUAACAAACAGAUGAGCAAUUGCAAUUGCUAUGAGAGUACAUCAAAGUCUACUUGGUUCACUGUCCUGACAGUUUUAGUUCUGUUUUAAUUAUGAUACUUUAUUUUAUGCUCAUGUGUUUGCUAAUGAAUAUAAAGGACAAGAUCUUAGUCUGUGACUGAGGAGCAAAUGGUGGAGGUCAGGGCUGUGUGCAUGCUGUGUGAGCCUUACCUUUACCUCCCACCGUCUCCAGUUCUGGCUUUAUGUCAGCUUGGUCCCCUGACUUCAUUUAUGCUGAUUGCUAAUGUCUCCAGACAGCCAGCUGGGAAUUGGUAGAGUACAGGAAAGCCCUGAGUACAUGAUUAUACCAGCUUCCCCUCCGUGCUGGAAGCAGGGUAAAGGCUGGCGGAAGUGCUGCUAAACUGGUUCUAAACCACCGGAGAAUUUACCCAGACUGGAUGUACAAGCUCAAGGCUUUAGGGCCUGCGUGCUGCACCUCAAAGUUUCAUCCAAAAAAUUCUUAGUUGCUUUCAACUUCACUUGAACACUUUCUGCCCUGAAACCUUUGCUCCAAAGUGUUGUAAGACUGCUGAUUUGGAGGUGUGCAUGUGAGCGAGGUUCGAAUAGUGUCACUGCUUGAGGUGGGAGAGGGGAGUAAAAGGCUUAUUUUUUUCAUUUGCUAUCCUUCCUUUUUCUUCAUCCCAGACCCACUGUGUAUUAAACAAAGGAUUAUUUUUUGAUAUAUAAAAACAGACUUGGAGAUGCAAAAAAGUAGCUGAGCUAGCUGAUCAUCUAUAUCCUAUCCAAAUGGGAGCUACCUAUAUUUUUUGUGAUAGGCCUUAUAAAAAAACCAAAACUAAUUGCCAAGGGACAUAAUGCCUGACUGCUGUUCUAAAAGCUCUCUCCUAUCCAUGUUUUAAUUUCAAACACCCAUAAACCUGCAUAGCUCCAUACAACACUUGGCUUCCAUCAGUGCUUCAUUUCCUUUGUGCUCAGAAGUGUACCAAAUUUGUGCAGAUACCCCUGCAAAUCCUUAGUAGGAGGAUUAGGGUUAUGUUAUGUGUUCACUGGCUUUGGAUUGUUGUGCAAAAAUAAAUCAAUACACCCAGGGCUGGAUCCAGAGCCUGUUGCAGGUGACAGGUUUUGGAGUAAGUUUGGCCUUGCAUUACUUCAUUUAUUUUUUAACUACAUCACAUCAGCUGUUUUUACAGAGCCUGGCUCUAAUUAAAGUUUGGACUGGCCAAGACUGAGUUGGCUCUAUCUGCAGUGGACAAAACAGAAGCGACAGCAGAGCCACCACUGUCUGAAGAAGAAAUUAAUCCACCCAAAGUCAACGGCAGCAGGAGGAGUGGACUGUCUGUUGGGCUGUUCUCUUAGGGGUCAGUAUCCCAAGAACAUUUCCAAUGCAACAGCUGAAUGGUACAGACAAGAAAACAAAUGAGGACUGCUCUACCGUACAGCUGGAUGGAAAAACACUUGUCAUUGCCAGCAUUGUGUCUAAUGGUAAAAUGUGCUUGGAACUGAAAUCUUCGUGUGCUGUAUGAUCCACCAGGAUCCUGGACAUUAGGUAUUGGGCAAUGCAGAACUGUUUGGGAGAAAUGCUUUAACAUAGAGCCCCAGACUAGAAAGAUAUUACAACAAUCCUAUGCAGUACACAGGAUCUUAACAUUUUAGAGGGGAUAUUUCAGGCUAAAGAGCUAGCUUAUUUGUGCUAGAAAUUUGACAAGGAAUCAAAAUUUAAGUCAACAUCUCCCGUACCUUAGGUUUGGGCUGAAUCAACUAGGACCUAUUUGUUUCACAAAAAGAAUCACCACUGUUUUCCAUCUGUGUGAUCUAGCUGUUGUAUGAACCCUUGCAAGCACAAAUGGUGUUGAAUUUAAGAUGUAUAAAAUUACGUGUUCGGGGUGGGGAAUGCUAAUUUUCUUAAACAAGCACUCUCUACGGUGCUUGGGUCAAAAAAUGCAUGUACUUAUGUUUGGGUCUUUUUUCCCCCUUUUUUUUCGCUAAUCAUGAACAGUUUUUUCAGCUUGAACUCUCUCCCUCCCACAAAGACACAUUUUUGUGAGUGUUGGCAGACUGGAGGCCCAUAUCUUGUGAGCAUCAUCUAUGAAGUCAGGUUUUCAGAGGUGUGAAGAUACAAGGAGCUGGAACUAGAAGUUUGCUUAGGUAAUAGUACGGGGGAGCUGGUGAAAAGUGAGCGAAUAUUAAGAAGUCAGGAGCAUAAAGGAAGUGGAAAAGCUAAUAUCUGGUGUCUAAGUGGGACCUGCAGAGUGAAAUCUCUUUUUUCUGAGGUCAAGCUAGGGUGCUGGGGCUUCAGGGGGUGGCUAGAACAUGGGCAAUCACCCUGGACUUGACUCUAAAGAUUCAUGGGCAGACAAUGUCAGGAAGCGAGGGUCCCAGCAAAGACACAACAGGAUCAGAAGCAGACAAGAUCUGUGUGAGAGCUGGUGUGGCUGGACAUGGCAGAAUAGGAAUGGAACAUGUGGAACAUAAUAAAAUGGAAAAAAGGAGGAGGAAAGCUUUGAAAAAUGAUUGGCCUUAUUGUCUACCACCUUGAACCUUGUAGAGUCCUUGCAAAUGUUUUAAAAUGGGUUCAAAACACUUUCAAACCACGUAAAUGACUCUACAACAUUUAAAGGAAUUGAAAAUGGGGCAUUUUUGUGUGAAUAAGGGAAAAACGAAUGUGUGUGCUCAACCUGUCCGGGCAGUCACUUGUACAUGAUUACCAACCUGCAGAAACAGAGGAAAAACAGUGGGGAAAGAGUUUCAGCUUGUUAAACAUUUUUAAGGUUAAUUAAGGGCUGAUUCUGGAAACAUCUUGAAUAUCACGGAAAGAACUUAGCAUCUCUAAAAUAAGUAUCAGACAGGGAAAUUUUCAGCGGUACCUGAGGAAUUUAAAAACACAAGUUCCACUGGGCAUGUCUAUUCUGCAGACUUACUGUGUCUGGUAGUAGCAUGCGGUGCUACCUCCCCAGCUGGAAAUAGUGUAGCUAAGUACAUGUGGCACUGAAGGUGGAUUAAUGCUCAGCGACUCUUCAGCAAUGCUAAUUAGCUCGCACACAGCACAGUUAACAGUUGCCCCGUUUCUGAUUGGAGAGGUAACGUAUGUGCUUGGCACAGCAAGUUCAUAGCGUAGCCUUUGCCCAUCGACUAUUAUUACAACUUGUGUUUCUAAAUCUUUUCAAUGCGUUGUCAAAAUCUUCCAUUAGGAACCAAGGUCCUUUCCUUAGGCAAAGCAGAGCAAUGACAUUAGUAGUACACAGUCUUUCUCAAGCCUGCCUGACCUGAAGUACCCUCUUUCAGACUGCCAGUUGCAAUGUGGACAUCUGUCUAGCAGCGCACAGUCUGUGACCUCUCCAACUCAUUUCACAUAAGCCACCAAACAGCUGACAAUCAGAUAGGAAAGGCUUUCAGUCACUAGGCACUUGAGCUUGGUUUGAAUUAAUGACCUAGAGGUGAAAGGCUCUGUUUUCCAUUUCCAAUCCCUUCAGCUAUCCAAUUUGUGAGCGUCUACUUAUGUUUCUGACAUCUUGCAAAGUAACAUAAAUAUGUUUUCUAUUUUUUCUUUUAAAUAAAAAAGAUUGGGCCAGAUUCUCGGCUUGUUCAACAUCACUGCAGCUGCUCUGAUUUACUCCAGGUGAAAAGCUAGCCCUUAAAGAAGACGGUAUGCUUUUUCAGCCCUGUAGAAACCUACUAUCCUUUUCUUAACUCCUCUGUUUCCUUAGGGAAUGCUGCCUAUUGACAUUAUUUGUGCACCUUUUUCCUGAACUGUCAAUGGGAGCUUUGGGGGUUGAAAAUAAAGCUGGUUUAAAUGGCCUGAUCCUGAUAGUCCCACCUAGGCAACACUUCCACUGAGUGUUUUGCUGCACUGGAGAGUUAGCAGGCCUCUAUGCUACUUGUCUGUACAUUUCAGACUACAAGGAUGCAGCAUCUGUGCACAACUGAUGGCAUUAUUAGAAGUGUCCUAAGUGAUUUAACAGCACAAACCUCAUUGAAAGUCAAUGGCUAGUAGUGUAAUAAAAGAGUAAUCAAGGUAGGCAGCCAAACCCCACUGAAUAUCAAAGAGAUCUGGAUGCCUAACUCCCUUAGGCCACUAAAUAACUAGCAAGAAUUAGUGGGAGAACAGUCAAGAAAGUUACAUUUUGAACUCUGUGUGUGUGUCAAAUGUUUCAUGUAUAGGUUCUCAGUAAGGUAAAACUUGGCCUUACUUUGCUGGAGUUAAAUUUUCCUGUGCGCUAAAGCCAUUCCACAGCUGAAGGAAAGCCUCAUCAAGGAGCUGGAUAUCUGUGGAUUUUGUUCAUGCCUACCUGAUUUGUCUUAACUUGAUUGUCCCUGAGUCAAUAAAAGUAGAUGCACUGCUUCUAAGUAUCCAGCACAAUUUGACAAAGUGGAUUUGCAUCCAGUUGUGACUGUUUUAUUGUGCAUUACAUGAGAAUUUAAAUCAAUUGUGCCAAGACUGUAAAUAGUGAUCUGAGGUUUGGGAAGCCAGAUUUUGAUCUUAUUUCUCUCUGUGUAAACCUAGAAUUGGAUUUGUUAGAGCUGCUCCAGACUGACAUUAUCGUAGCUGAGAUCAGUCAGGGGGGAGAAGGGGCCCUGGGUCUUGAUUUGGUGUAAUUUAUAAUCUGUCUCUAAUACUUGUUAACAUGUAUGUGCUGAAAUAUCUGUUUACAGUCAUUCCUGCUGCUUAAUGUGCUUGCAGUGUUGUAGCUUGAGAUUCAAAAUGGAAGUAACAAAAGCUUCAGCGAGUCUGAAACAAACAUCACCCCACUUGUAACUAAAACUCAUAAAGUACUUUUCCACUACCUUAACACACAUUGAUCUUAAUGGACUGCAAAUACACUGAGUGCAAAUUUCAGGUCCAGCACAUUUGGUUCAUGGAUGUAGCCCAGAUUUGUGCAUAUAGUCCUAUGCAUAUCAAUGGGAUUACUCACAUGAAUAAAGGAAAAAGAAUAGAGUUGCACAUUUGUAGCAGAAGAAUUAAUUUCCUGCAAUGCAUCAUAUCAAUAUAGGGAAGCCCCACGAUUGCUGGUCCAGAAGAGGGUAAAUGAAUCUUAAGGGGUUUCUUUUGAGACCUUGCAAAGUCACGUUUAAAGCAGAGGUGGGAGAGGGCUAGAAUCCAUUAUAAUAUUCCAAGACUAAUGUUCUUUUUAUUUUCCAAUGAAUGUUAUGUUUUUGGAGUUUUUUUAACUGGCUUAUGUGUGUAACAGAACUAUACCUCAUCCAUUUGCAAUUGCAGGCCACUCUGUAAAAGUCUCUUUAUUAUACUUUGAAGUGCAUAUGUUGAUUGGUUAAGCGUUGAAAAACAAAUCAUUUUCCCUGUCGCGUUUGGGUUUGUAAAUCACACUAUUCCAGUCAAUAAUAAAACAAUGGUACAUUCCACGAACAAAUCUCAAUCCAUUGCUCUGUAAUGCUGUAACGGUUUCUGUCCAAUCGUGAAUUCAUCUGACACACGCCAAUAGUUGGUAAAAACUUGCCAAAUUGCAUCCUAUUUUCAUGAAUGUACAUAUCAGAGUUAACAGUGAAACUGGUGUUUGAUAAAUGUUUUCCAGGUGUGUCCUCUGAUGCUGUAUUUUUUUUUCUUUUGGUUGAUUUAUAAGCUAAUUGUCAAUGUGCUUUUCUAAAUCAUCAAGAAAACUUGAUACUCUGAACUCUUCAGUCCAAUAUGCUAUUUGUGAAGCCAUGAUUUAGUUCUGAAUAAUAUACCCUUGUGCGUUUUAGGAUGAUAGACUGUGUAUUAGAAUUGCCACGUAAAGUGUCACUUUAAACAGAAGGCUGUCUCGCCUAGUGCAAGGGAAGGCAAUUAAAAAUGUAUCCAGUCAAUUUUUUAAAAUGAGAUUUAAUUAUGGCUGACAUGAAGAAGAGUAGAAAAAUAGAACAUAAUCAUCUGAACACAGACUCCUCAUCUUUAUUCAUGUCCUUUCAAAGACGCAUUCUGGGAUAUGCCCAAAGUACAGGUAUUUGAUGUGAUCUUUACAAGUUGUGUACACACGUGAUUGUCCUUUGAAAGCAGUCCAACUGCUGUCUUCAGCAAACAUAAGAGCCCAAACCUCAGACCCCGAGCUGUCCCUAUUGAUGUGAAAGCGCUACUCAUUGCAGUAAGAGCAUCACAAUGGGGCCCAUUCUACCAGACUCAUAGGAAAAUAUCACCUAGGAGGCCAGGUCCUGAAAUGUCCAUUGAGUCUCUUGAGCUAUGUUGAUUUAUACCAGAUGAAGAUCUGGCACAUGGUAUUUUAAGAAUAAAGCAAAAUUGGAAAGCAAAAAAUGUUUAAAUAUUUUUCACCAGUCAUCUUGUACAGGCUGUAAUUAGUAUUUGAUUGACAUCACAGAUAUUAUGGAGCUUAGCUGGCAGUCUUACACUAAUCUGUAAGGCGUGUGACAGCCUAUUUUUGACAGAUAGCAUGCAAAGUAGCGAGAGGGAGUGCUACCUAUCCACAGUGUAGGGAAUAGGGAUUAGAGUCAGAACUCCUGGGUUCUAUUCACAACCUUCUUAUCAAUGAAUUGUAGGUCUCGUUGUAUUUCCAUUGACACAAAUGACAAAACUUCCAUUAACUUCAUUGUUGCAGAAGCAUGCCCUUUGGGUAAUUCCCACAUUUCUCCAAUGAACACAGUUAGGAAAUAAAUAAAUGGUUCUUUAUUGUGAAUUUUUAGCUAACAUAUGCAAAGCUCAUUAUAAUCUUUAGAGCAAAAAUGUUCUAUAUAUAUGAGUUUUAACAAUUUUUAUGUUAUGUUUCAGGCAUACAGUUUUAAAUAUUGAAAUCUAUAUACAUUUGUUUAAAACUGAGGAACUUCACAGAAAUCCAAACUCUGUCUCCUGAAACAUUUUUGAAGCCAACAAAGUCCUGAGUCUUUUGUUUCUGUUGUACCUUCCUGCAAUGAAAGUAUAUUUAUCUAGAAAGAUGUCCCUAGAGUUUAGGAGAUGAGAACAGACUGCUGGCCCUGGGUGAAUUAAAUUUACACAGUUCUGUAAAUCUUAUAUUUUGAUCUGACAGCCUUUGAUACAGGUCAAAAUAUUGUCUAAUUUGUAUUUAUCUUUUCCUUUUCUUUCCUCCAUCCCUGUAGAGAACAGGUAAUUAACGUGUCUUUAAAAAAAAUUCCAAAGAGGCUUUACUAGACCUUGUUCAUUGUGUUUAAAUUAUGUGUGAUUAUGGUUAAGUGUUCAAGCAUAUGUUUGGCACCGACGACCCAGAUUUUGCUAAGUGGUUCAGUGAGGCUUCAUUCAGCAUGGUAGCCUAAGGGUUUAUAUGUGCUUAAGUCCCAUUUCCAAAGUGGUUUUGACACUUUGGAGCAUGACGACUUUGACUUGUCUACAAUUAAAGGGGUUUGCUGGAAUACCUCUAUCAGUAAAGCAGUACCAGGAAGUGCACCUCAAGAAGAUACAACCUACACUAGCAACAAACAACUCUUUUCCUAGCAUAUCUUAAACUAGUUUUCAAACUAGAAUAAACUAUCCUGGCAAAAGAUUUAACUGUAUCUCUGUGAAGGUUUUUGCCACUGUGGUUGACAUUUGUCACUAGCCAGUUUAGCUAACCCAGCAAAAAUUUCAAAAUAUACCUAGGUCUCAGUGAAAGUCAAUGAGACUGUGUUGUCUACACAUGCCCAUAAGCUCCAGAGGACUGUUCUUCACUUUGGAAAAUGCAAUGUAAUGCCUUAUAAUGCUGAAUGGUGCACUGCCUUUACAACUCUGGACCUAAGUCAAUACUUAAGCACAGAAGUAAAACAAGUGACCUGUUUUUUUUUGAAGCUGCUAGGCACCCAUCAGUACCUUUAAAGUCAAUGCACGUGGUAGAUGGCUAUAACACCUAAAUCAGGCAGUCUAUAUUUAGGUUGAUCAGCUUUAGGCAUCUGCAUUUGAAAAUGUUGGCCUAACUGAUUUCCCUGGGCUCCUAAUAGAAAGUUUAAUGCUCCCGCUGGCAUCAAAACCCUAGGUUUUUGACUAGGCACUUGUUCUAGCCAUUAAAUGUUCUAUAUUUAUAUACUCUGGGCAUGUCUACACAAGAUGCUUCGAGUGCAGCAGACUAAUCGACUGUGCAUUAGCGCGGUGGGCAAAACCCAUGCUAAUGCACAGUAGAUUUAGUCUACUGCUCAUUAACAUCACAAAAAGACUAUUAGUUUGCACUAAUGUGCAGUAGCAGCGAUUAUGAUGCAUUAAGUUAGUACAUGUCAUUACAGGUACUAAACUUUAUGUGCCCUAAUUAUGGUGCAUUAAUGAAUAUGUUGAUGGCUGCACCCACUGAGCUUUGAGAACGCAUAGCCUUUUGCCUUCUAAUUCAGCAUUUACACUGCUAUCCCUUUCACUCAUUUUUUCCACUAUUUUAAUUCAGCCUCUUUGUAAAUAUAAGUCAAUGAAACAUACAUUAAAGACCAUUAUUAAUCAUAUAGUACCAUAGGUGUGCAUACUGUAUCCCAAUAGUUACAUAUAUACUUAAGUUAAUGUGCCCUAAUUACGGUGCAUUAAUGAAUAUGUAGAUGCACCCACUGUGUUAAGGAUGCAUAGCCUUUUGAUUUCCAAUUCAUCAUCUACACUGCUAUUCCAUUCACUCAUUUUUUCACUAUUUUUAUUCAGCUUCUUUUACUUCUAUUUACAAUAAAACAUACAUUAAAUACCAUUAUUAAUCAUAUAUUACCAUGGGUGUGCAUACCAUAUCCCAAUAGUUAGAUAUAUAAAACUACUCACUGAGUAAAGUACAAGUCGGUAGAAAGAAGCAGAAUCUUAAGUGUUUUGAUGUUAAGCGUUGACAGUGACAUUUUUCUAAUGUCUGAAGGAGCUUGGUGCCCAAUUUCUUUCAACGAUAACUGAAAGAAAUGUUUUGUUCACUUGAAAAAAUCUCAUGUUGAGAGCUUUGCAAAAAUAGGUUGAGAUUAAUUAAGACUUGACCAGAAAACAACUCCCCCAAAAGUUUGUUUUUUUCCCCGUUACACAGAAUAUUUCCAUCAUGUUUUCCUAUCGCUAAAAUGACUGGAUGUGUUUUUCACUUCGCUUUCCUUAGCUAGACCGAACAGUUCUGUGAUAUGCAUACAUUGAGUACUACUGCAGUAUUUCUGUGACUUUCUCAGUUGAACUACAUACGGAGGACAUGUUCUAGCAGAUUUUUCAAGCUUGUCUUGAAAGAUUGCCUUUGGAAAUUCAGUAGUUAGGAAAGAUCAACCAAACAUGUUUUUCUUUAAAAAGAAAUAGGUAAUUCAUAAAUAGGUGCCACAAGAGCUGUGUAGAAACGAUGCAAUUUUAAUCCAAGAUGUAACAUUUCAGAGUCUUGUUGUUUGCAAUUUUUUUCACUCCAGUUUUGACAGUGAACUGUGUUAAAAUUGUUCCUUUGAUACCAAUCGGAAAUGAAAGCAAGCUGUUACAUACUGUGUUCUGCUGUAAAUUCCACUGUGGUACAGGCCUUGUGUUCAAUUAUCAGUAAACACAAGUGAUUUUUAUUUUGGUUGUGUGAUUUUUUUUUUUUUACCUAAUGUUGAAUUUAUUUUUUUAAUGUUUUGCAUUAGAACUGAAAAUGUUAAAUUAUUUCAUACACAAAGUUCAAUAAAAUGUCUAAAACAUGCA